UGCAGCCCGGGGGCGUGGCCUAAGCCGGCUUGUGCGGCGGCGGCGGCCGCCGGGACCCAGACAUCUGGGACUGUUGUUCUCGCCGGUGGCACGGCCGCGCCGUCCGUCUGCCCCGCGGCUGAACCCAGACUAGUGGGCAGCGAUCUGCCGCUCCCCACCUCUCCGUCGCUUCCCCAAGGCUGCGGCCGAAACGGGCUCCAACACUCCGCUGCACUUGGCUUCCGAUGCCCUGGCGUGAGGAGGGGGCGUCGGGACCCCGCUGAGCGCACCUGCAGGUACCUCUCCGUCCCACUCACCUCCCAACGCGGUGUCUUCGCGGGGUCCCCAGCCGGCGCGCCCCAGUCUGCCUGCCAUGGCUGAAAAAACAGAGGGGGACUUGAACUCCAACGUGCUCCACGCCCCCUACCACACCGGGGACCCUCAGCUGGACACGGCCAUCGGGCAGUGGCUCCAGUGGGAUCAGAAUCCCAAAACAAAAGAGCAGAUUGAAAAUCUGUUGCGGAAUGGGAUGAAUAAGGAGCUGAGAGAUCGUCUGUGUUGCCGGAUGACUUUUGGGACCGCAGGACUUCGAUCGGCUAUGGGGGCAGGAUUUUGCUAUAUUAAUGACUUAACAGUAAUACAGUCAACUCAGGGGAUGUACAAGUACCUGGAGAGAUGCUUCUCAGACUUCAAGCAGAGAGGCUUUGUCGUUGGAUAUGAUACCCGAGGUCAAGUGACAAGCAGCUGCAGCAGCCAAAGACUUGCUAAGCUCACUGCUGCUGUCUUACUGGCCAAAGAUGUUCCUGUAUACCUUUUUUCAAGAUACGUUCCUACACCUUUUGUACCAUAUGCUGUUCAGGAGCUCAAAGCAGUUGCAGGGGUGAUGAUCACAGCAUCUCACAACCGAAAAGAAGACAAUGGAUACAAGGUUUAUUGGGAAACUGGGGCCCAGAUCAUAUCUCCUCAUGAUAAAGAAAUUCUGAAAUGUAUAGAAGAAUGUGUGGAACCCUGGAAUGGUUCCUGGAAUGAUAAUUUAGUGGAUACUAGUCCCCUGAAGAGAGAUCCUCUGCAGGACAUCUGUAGGAAAUACAUGGAAGAUCUGAAAAAGAUCUGUUUCCACAGGGAGUUAAACUCAAAGACAACCUUGAAAUUUGUACAUACAUCUUUUCAUGGGGUCGGACAUGACUAUGUGCAGUUGGCUUUUCAAGCAUUUGGUUUUAAGCCUCCAAUUCCUGUACCAGAACAAAAAGAUCCUGAUCCAGACUUCUCUACUGUUAAAUGCCCAAAUCCUGAAGAAGGAGAAUCUGUGCUGGAACUUUCUCUGAGACUGGCAGAGAAAGAAAAUGCCCGGAUAGUGCUAGCUACAGAUCCUGAUGCAGACCGACUGGCAGUGGCAGAACUUCAGGAGAAUGGUCAUUGGAAAGUUUUCACAGGGAAUGAAUUGGCAGCUCUGUUUGGGUGGUGGAUGUUUGAUUGCUGGAAGAAAAAUAAAUCAAGUAAUGCUGAUGUGAAGAACGUUUACAUGCUGGCCACUACAGUCUCAUCCAAAAUUUUGAAAGCAAUUGCACUUAAGGAAGGAUUUCAUUUUGAAGAAACAUUACCAGGUUUUAAAUGGAUUGGAAGUAGAAUAAAAGACCUCCUGCAAAAUGGAAAAGAAGUUCUCUUUGCAUUUGAAGAAUCUAUUGGUUUUCAGUGUGGAACCUCCGUUUUGGAUAAAGAUGGAGUAAGUGCGGCUGCUGUUAUUGCUGAGAUGGCGGCUUACCUGGAAACCACAAACACAACCUUGAAGCAGCAGCUGGUUAGGGUUUAUGAAAAAUAUGGCUAUCACAUUUCAAAAACUUCAUAUUUUUUGUGUUAUGAUCCAACUACCAUCAAAAGAAUUUUUGAAAGGCUGCGUAAUUUUGAGUGUCCAAAAGAAUAUCCAAAGCUUUGUGGGCCAUUCGCAAUAUUGCAUAUACGGGACAUUACCACUGGAUAUGACAGCAGCCAGCCUGAUAAGAAAUCAGUGCUGCCUAUGAGUAAAAACAGCCAAAUGAUCACUUUUACUUUCCAAAAUGGCUGUGUGGCUACUCUCCGCACCAGUGGGACGGAACCCAAGAUCAAGUAUUAUGCAGAGAUGUGUGCAUCACCAGACCAGAGUGAUACUGCCUUAUUAGAAGAGGAAUUGAAGAAACUCAUCGAUGCUCUGAUUGAGAAUUUUCUUGAACCCAGUAAAAAUGGACUGUCCUGGCGUUCUAUUUAAUGUUAAUGAUGACAUUACUUGUCCUGGCAUGUGGCACAGGCGAGCAGCAACACUGGGACAGGAACUUGUGUUAACAUUCUCUUUCUCACCUGGACAAGUGUAUAUUUCCUUAGAUUUUCUUUCUUUUUGAAAAACUUUCUUUUUGAAAUGAUGUGAUGUGAAGUAAAAUAAUUCUUUUAUUUUUGAGCAAAAGCCAUUGUAUUAGAAAUGUUAUGGAAGCACAUCAUUUUCAUCUUUCACAAAAACAAGAGUAGCAAAAGUGGGUUUUCUUAUUAAAGUACUAUUAAGCUAAUGUCCACAGUCUUGUAAUUGUGCACGGUUUAAGACAAAUAGUCAGAUCAAUGUUAUAUAAUUGUAUAGUUAGGGGAAUUAAUAUAUAAAAUGGACAAAUAAGUGAUGUGGUUCCAGAUGACAUAGGAAAGUGUCAUUGGUACAUAACAAGUGUUAUUGACAGAUUGCAGUAUUUAGGGUAGUUGGCAUUUCUAGCUUAGAACACGUGUCAUAGUAAAUUGUUCCAGCACUUCUCGCAGGUGCUCUUGGUUUUGUGUAAAUGCAU